UAAAGUGAUGAUCAUGAUGUUCUUGUGUCUGACUUUGCAGUUUUGUGCAUGUUCUGAUCUAUUAAUAUACUAAUAUCGAAACAGACUUUGGUGCAUUACAAUUAGUAAUAUAAUUAUCUUCCUCUGCGUUAUUCUUGGCUUAUAAAUUGGUUUUCGAUUACUUUGAGCUUAUAGUUGCAUUCGUAUUCAGUUAAUUAAUUUAAGAAUGGCACAACUUCCUCCAAAAGUUCCCAACAUGGCACCAAACUUGGCUGGUCUUUCUUCUUACUCUCACCACCAAAAAUUGCCUUCCAUGGAAAAUUUGAAUAGCUUGCAGUCACAUCCAUGGGUUGAUGACUACCUCAACUUCUCCUCCUCCACAAAGCGUAGGUCCCACAGAAGGUCUGCCAGCGACUCGAUUGCAUUUCUUGAGCAGGUGAGUGUGGACCACGAAGAAGAAUGCAAAGUGAGACCCUUGGCGCCAGGGUUCAGGACCAGUCAUGCUGCUGCUGCUCAAGAGUUUGAUCAAUUUGAUGAGGAGCAAUUUAUGGCCAUGUUUACUGAUGAUGAGGCCGUGGAUCUCACUGUAAUUUGUUCUAGCCCUUCUUCACCUUCUCAUCAUAAUUGCAAUAUUGAAGAUGAUCAGCAGAUGCAGCUAGGAAAUGGAUUUAGGUCUGGAAGUACUUUGGAUGGCCAGAAUGCUGCUGGUGAUGGUGUUGCGACUAUAGACAAUUACAAUGAUAGGAAUUUCGAUUCCAGACGAGUUAAAAGAAUCUUGGCCAACAGACAAUCUGCACAACGAUCACGGGUGAGGAAAUUGCAAUAUAUAUCUGAACUAGAACACGGUGUCAACUCAUUACAGGCUGAGAUCUCGGUGCUGUCACCACGCGUGGCAUUCCUAGACCAUCAGCGGCUGGUGUUGAAUGUGGAUAACAGUGUUCUGAGACAAAGAAUUGCAGCUCUCUCCCAAGACAAGAUUUUCAAAGAUGGUCAUCAAGAAGCAUUGAAAAUGGAAAUAGAGAGACUGAGACAAGUGUUUAAUUACCAGCAGAGUGUAAAGAAGACAGAUGAUGAUGACACAACACUACCCUUAGCUGAAUCAUUAGUACAAACAUCACCAGAGAAGGUCACUAAGCAUCCAAACUGCUCUUCUUUCAAUGAUCAAAUUAUGAUAAGAUAGGAUCAAUUAGCUCAUCACUUACUUUUUAAUAUUCCGCCGUAAGUUGCAGACUAAAAGCUGAUUAGAGUUUUAUGAUUUACCAUAGGCUUCAAGUGUUAAAAGGACUUGAUAUGUGUAUCUUGUUUGUAAACAGAGGCUAGUAUUAUCAAUCGAUUUUUUUUUCAUUCAACGAAAUAAUAUAACAGAAA